CACCGUCAGCCAGCCAAAAUGGCGACAGUGAUUAACUCUGUCUUUGCUAUUUUGUUGUUGUUUAUUGCGUUUUGCUCGGCUGACAGUAUAUUUAGUCGAGUCCUUGAUGAUAUCUCAUCGUGUUCAAAGUCAUGUGCUAAUACAUACAGUCCCCACACAUUUGAAAAGAGUUAUUUAAUGGAUCCAUGCAAACGAGGAUGUCGUUUUUACUCUAUAAUGGAAUUAGUAUAUUGUAACCAUAACAAUCAGAAUCUCACUCAGCAAGGGUGCAUUGCAUCAUGUGAAGAGGCCUACAAUAAGAGUGAGGAACUGGAUGCAUGCACAUUAGGCUGUAAAAGUCAGGUUCCUCAUGUUGUUGAAAAUCAAAGCCAGGAUGACUUCAUGGAUAUGAUGUAUCCCUUGAUGUAUGUUCACAGUGUAUAUUCUAGCAUGUUAGAUAGGAUGUAUUCCGGUAUGUCUGCCAGCUGGUCUGUAUAUGCCAACAACCAGAGGAUCAUUAUUGUUAAGUCCCAGCCACAGUUCUUUGCUCAGAUUGACAGUACAGAUACUGAUGAUGAGUACAACACCGCUAAUUACUUUGAAACCAACCUGGACUCAGUAGACGGAUCAGCAACACCAGUGCUGAAAAAUUCCCAGAUUUUAGGGUUUGGGGAUUCCAUGGAAAUGUCUCAGAGCCAGGAUGAGAGAAACUCCAGUGAUUGGUUGUCUUGUGUGUCCAAAAAGACAGGAAUGCCCCGUCUAAUUCUUAGCUUAAUUUUGUUAUCUUGUGCUGUAAUGAUGAUUUGGCUGUGUUUGACAGCAGCAGUUACUUCCCCUGACCACAGGAUUAAACAAGAGUCUAAGAAGCUAAGCAUAAAUGGUGAUUUAGAGUAUCUAAGAGAACAAGAGGCUAUGGGAGUAAGACUUCUAUUUCCACAGGAAAAGCUGGAUGCAGACCCACUCCCAAUCAAGAUUAAAGUUCAGAGACUGUAAAUAAAACCAAGAACUUUUCAGACUUCAUUUUAUAAAAAUUUUGCUUGUACACCUUCUUUAAUCUUCAAAAUACAACAGACUGUGAUAAUUUAGUGAAAAAUUGAUCUACAUGUAGUUUAUAUGAAAUCCUUACUAGGCUACUAAUGUUGGUUUGGAUUAUAUGGCAUGUGUUUUAUGGGUAUAUUACAUUAAAAUGCAAAUAUUUUGGGAAGAUGCUGUACUAUGAAAUGUUAAAGAUCUCAUCUGGUUGGAAUGUGUCUGAGGUGAUAUUUUUCAUUUUCUUUCUUUUUUCUUUGAAUAUUUUCAAGUGCAGUUGGUAUUGCAAAGAAUACUGAUGUAACAGAAAACAACACAAAACCUGUUUUUUCUGUACUUCUCCACAUUGCAGGGUAAAUGUGUAGAAAGUGUACACUCUUAAUAGAGUGGAAUAAAAAAUCCUCAUAACAUGUAUUUAAAAUGUAUGUAUUGCAUUGAAUGAUGACUCUGAAGGGAGGCUUGUGUUUGUAGCAAAAUAAGACCGAAAAAAUUAUUUUUUGUUUCUCUGGCUCUAAUGAAUUUUAUUGCUUAAAUGAAAUGGGAGAUGACUCAAUUUUGAAAUUAAAAAGAAUAUUCACCCAUUUCAGAUCUUUUGAUAAAGAUAGGAAUAAAUUGCCUAUGUGCCAACUAUUAGAAAUUUUCUGUGAGAAACUAUGGAUUAUUUUUUUGGCCAAAGUGAUACUGGCAUUAGUAAUUAGCUAGCUUACAUUCCCUUAUAUUUUGUAAAAUGAAGUUUAAUAUAUAUUUUUGAAAACUCCGAAUUUUUCAACCCAAGCAAAUACAAACAAUUGAUCACAAAUUUUACUUUUAUAUCUGUUGUCUUGCACCUGUUCUAGAAUGUUUUUUUAUGAUAUAACUCUAAAAUAGUGACCAUGCUUGUUGGUGUUCUUUUUCUCAUUUUGUAAAGUGUUAUUGAAGUCGGCGCCUUCUGAAAAAUUGUUAAUUUAAGGGAUUCCAUCUUGCAUCAAAGGAGAUGUGCACAUCAUAUUUCAUUGAUAUAUCACUACAUGUAUGUAUAUUGUACCUGUAGAUUCAUAUAUCAGAUAUAUACAACAUGAUACUGUAUUGAUGUACAUAUUGAAAACAUCCUCUGGCCCAGUUUAGUGUUAAUUUAACAAGAAAGAGAGUGUGCAUUUACAUUUCUGGUCUGAUCCGUUCCCAAGUGUCAAUACCUGUGAUCAAUUGAUUCUUAGUGUAUGGUUCACAUUUCAACAUUUAAACAGCUGUUUAAAUACAUGCAUUAAUAUGUCACUAAAUAUUCAAUUCAACAUUUGAAAUGAUCUUCCCAUGGCAUUUCAAUCAUUAAAAUUUUUUCCUGUUCUGGUAUUGAAAAAAAUAUUAUGAAUGAAGAAAAAAAACUUUCUUAAAAUGCAUCUUAAAAAAUAACUUGUAAAUCAGUGAUAAAAUGUGAACCAUACACUGUGUGCUGAAAGGUACAUUGUUUAAUUCAUUGGUUCAUCUCUUAAACUAAAGUUUUGUGUAUUCCUGUGCACACAUUCACAUCUAUUUAUAUGACAUCAACUCUAUUACUGUGUUUUGCAACAUUUAAUCUGGGUCAGAUAUUUUUUUUAACUAUCAAAACUACAUGGUGUUUAAGGCGAAACACUCACAAGUUCUACCAUACGUGGGAAAAAACGGGCUAAAUAAAAUUAUAUGUGUAACGCAGGGAGAUCGACACUUGUAAAUUAUGUACAGUUUUGUGAAAUGGUGAAUGUUGAGAUGUGCUUGAAUAGCUUGCGGGUGAACUUCCCCGUAAUUUAUCCCAUUGAUGUGCAGUACAACUUGUUUUAAACUGAAAUGUACUUAGUCUUAAGUAAAAAAUUCACUUUUGAAAUAUGUGUACUGCAGCAGAUAUUAUGUGGAACCUAUGCUAUCAUUAGAGGGAAGUUUGCCAUUUUGUUUUCAGUUUCUCUUAGAAUAUUUUUUCUAUGCUUACAGUAAUGAUGGGCAGGGUGUGGUUUGUUUUAUGUUGAAAGGUAUCUUUUAUAUGUGGUUAUACUAUCAGGUACAUAUGUCAUUUGAAUAUUGGAUCAUUGUAAACAUAUGAUUUUUCUAUAGGGUUUAAUUUCUUAACUGUCAUAAUAUAAUAAUAAACAAACGUUUUUCACUGUGAAAUAUACCGGUAUGUACAUUAUUUAAUUCUAAAGAUUUUGUUUAUAAUAUCAAUGAUUUGAAGAUCAGACAUUGCUACUAAAAUAUUUAAUGUGUUUUAAAAUGAAAUAAAAACCCAACAUGUCCUAGUACUUCACCUUUUGGAUAAAUUAUCAAUAUUGAUUAGAUUUGUUUUAAUGAUGUAAUAUUUGUAAUACAUGUAUGUGGGUCUGCAAUAAAAAUUAUACUAGU